AUGCGCCCAAGGGAGGCAGAAGCCAGCCUGUCCCUGCCUGCUCCGGGCUGGCGUGCCCACGCCAGCGUCCCCGCCGUCACGCUGCGACAGAGGGAGGAGCCUGGCCCUGCUGUCCCUGACUCAGCCGGGACCUUCCCGUGGCUCCCAGCCUGGCGUGGGGGACAGAUCUGCUCCUGUCCCCCCCCCCGUUGCACUGGGGGUGUCCCUGGCCAUUGCUCUGCAGGCACUACCUGCGUCCUCGUGUCCUUCCCCUUCAUCUUCAACCCCUGCCUGGGUUGCAAGGAAAACACUCCACAGUGGGCAGCCUUCAUCUACUACCUCCCCUUCAUCGUCAUCUUCCAGUUUGGCUGGGCAGCCACGCAGGUCUCCCACCUCUCCCUCAUCCCCGAGCUGGUGACCAGUGACCAUGAGAAGGUUGAGCUCACGGCUUUCAGGUACGCCUUUACCGUCAUGGCCAAUAUCACUGUCUACGGCCUGGCCUGGCUACUGCUGAACUUCCAGGUGGACCAGCCCGACCGCACAGAGCACCUGGGCAUCCAGGAUGUCCCUAUAUUUCGGGACCUGUCCCUCAUUGUGGUGGGGCUGGGGGCCUUGUUCUCCCUCAUCUUCCACCUGGGCACCAAAGAGAAGCCGUACCCGCCGGGCUCGCUGCCCCAGCUGGAGGAGGGCACGCCGCUGCUGCAGAAGGAGCCCCCGACCCCCCCGAGCCCACUGCUGAUCUGGAGAGACUGGCUGCUGGAGCCUGCCUUCUACCAGGUGGCCGUGCUCUACAUGUCCACCAGGCUCAUCGUCAAUCUGUCCCAGACCUACAUCGCCAUGUACCUGACCAACUCGCUGCUGCUGCCCAAGAAAUACAUCGCCACCAUCCCCCUGGUGAUGUACAUCAGUGGCUUCCUCUCCUCCCUCCUCAUGAAGCCUGUCAAUAAGUGGAUAGGUCGAAACCUGACCUACUUCGUGGGCAUUCUGAUCAUCUUGGCCUUUGCCUCCUGGGUGAUGCUGGCCAGGCAGAUGGGAGCGGAGAUCUACGGGGCAGCCGCGCUGCUUGGGGCUGGCUCCGCCACCAUCCUGGUCACCUCCCUCUCCAUGACGGCAGACCUCAUCGGCACCAACACGCACAGCGGUGCCUUCGUCUACGGCGCCAUGAGCUUCACAGACAAGAUGGCCAACGGCCUGGCUGUGAUGGUGAUCCAGAACCUGCACCCGUGCCCGACUGAGCUCUGCUGCUCUGCCUGCGUCAACUUCUACCACUGGGUGAUGGUGUUGGUCACCGGAGGCAUUGCCGUCGCCGCCGUUGCCGCUCUGUGCUGCAUCAUGAUCUGGCCCAUCCGUAUCCGCUACCGUGCCCUCUGCGUGGAGGGGCUGAGCGGAAUACAGACGUCCUACAGCGGGACAGACAGCGUGGAGGGACAGAGCCACAGCGACACCGUCAACUGAGCAGGGGCCCUGUCCUUGGCCAUCCUGGUGUCGGCGCCGGGAGGGACCCCCACGGCAGGGGAGGGGGCGCCUGGGCCCCGUCUCCCCGUCAACCUUGCACUGGACUCGUUGUCCCCCCCCUGUGCCCUGCCCGGGGACACAUGAAGGAUGUCACCC